CACACACACACACACACACACACAUGUCUCUCUGGAUUAUUUAUUUUUUAUCUCAACGAGACUAACCUGGAUAAUUAAAGGUGAAAUAAUAAUAUUGCCUGGCCUGAAACACACACUGCGUACACAGACACACACCUAACCCCAUCACGUCCGUGUCUUAACACACACACGCAUCUCCAUGGGUCUGUGCUUAUCAUCUCCAUGGGUCUGUGCUUAUCAUCUCCAUGGGUCUGUGCUUAUCAUCUCCAUGGGUCUGUGCUUAUCAUCUCCAUGGGUCUGUGCUUAUCAUCUCCAUGGGUCUGUGCUUAUCAUCUCCAUGGGUCUGUGCUUAUCAUCUCCAUGGGUCUGUGCUUAUCAUCUCCAUGGGUCUGUGCUUAUCAUCUCCAUGGGUCUGUGCUUAUCAUCUCCAUGGGUCUGUGCUUAUCAUCUCCAUGGGUCUGUGCUUAUCAUCUCCAUGGGUCUGUGCUUAUCAUCUCCAUGGGUCUGUGCUUAUCAUCUCCACGGGUCUGUGCUUAUCAUCUCCACGGGUCUGUGCUUAUCAUCUCCAUGGGUCUGUGCUUAUCAUCUCCAUGGGUCUGUGCUUAUCAUCUCCAUGGGUCUGUGCUUAUCUCCAUGGGUCUGUGCUUAUCAUCUCCAUGGGUCUGUGCUUAUCAUCUCCAUGGGUCUGUGCUUAUCAUCUCCAUGGGUCUGUGCUUAUCAUCUCCAUGGGUCUGUGCUUAUCAUCUCCAUGGGUCUGUGCUUAUCAUCUCCACGGGUCUGUGCUUAUCAUCUCCAUGGGUCUGUGCUUAUCAUCUCCAUGGGUCUGUGCUUAUCAUCUCCAUGGGUCUGUGCUUAUCAUCUCCACAGGUCUGUGCUUAUCAUCUCCACGGGUCUGUGCUUAUCAUCUCCAUGGGUCUGUGCUUAUCAUCUCCAUGGGUCUGUGCUUAUCAUCUCCACGGGUCUGUGCUUAUCAUCUCCAUGGGUCUGUGCUUAUCAUCUCCAUGGGUCUGUGCUUAUCAUCUCCAUGGGUCUGUGCUUAUCAUCUCCAUGGGUCUGUGCUUAUCAUCUCCAUGGGUCUGUGCUUAUCAUCUCCAUGGGUCUGUGCUUAUCAUCUCCAUGGGUCUGUGCUUAUCAUCUCCAUGGGUCUGUGCUUAUCAUCUCCAUGGGUCUGUGCUUAUCAUCUCCAUGGGUCUGUGCUUAUCAUCUCCAUGGGUCUGUGCUUAUCAUCUCCAUGGGUCUGUGCUUAUCUCCAUGGGUCUGUGCUUAUCAUCUCCAUGGGUCUGUGCUUAUCAUCUCCAUGGGUCUGUGCUUAUCAUCUCCAUGGGUCUGUGCUUAUCAUCUCCAUGGGUCUGUGCUUAUCUCCAUGGGUCUGUGCUUAUCAUCUCCAUGGGUCUGUGCUUAUCAUCUCCGCGGGUCUGUGCUUAUCAUCUCCAUGUGUCUGUGCUUAUCAUCUCCAUUGGUCUGUGCUUAUCAUCUCCAUGGGUCUGUGCUUAUCAUCUCCAUGGGUCUGUGCUUAUCAUCUCCAUGGGUCUGUGCUUAUCUCCAUGGGUCUGUGCUUAUCAUCUCCAUGGGUCUGUGCUUAUCAUCUCCAUGGGUCUGUGCUUAUCAUCUCCAUGGGUCUGUGCUUAUCAUCUCCAUGGGUCUGUGCUUAUCAUCUCCAUGGGUCUGUGCUUAUCAUCUCCAUGGGUCUGUGCUUAUCAUCUCCAUGGGUCUGUGCUUAUCAUCUCCAUGGGUCUGUGCUUAUCAUCUCCAUGGGUCUGUGCUUAUCAUCUCCAUGGGUCUGUGCUUAUCAUCUCCAUGGGUCUGUGCUUAUCAUCUCCAUGGGUCUGUGCUUAUCAUCUCCAUGGGUCUGUGCUUAUCAUCUCCAUGGGUCUGUGCUUAUCAUCUCCAUGGGUCUGUGCUUAUCAUCUCCAUGGGUCUGUGCUUAUCAUCUCCAUGGGUCUGUGCUUAUCAUCUCCAUGGGUCUGUGCUUAUCAUCUCCGCGGGUCUGUGCUUAUCAUCUCCAUGGGUCUGUGCUUAUCAUCUCCAUGGGUCUGUGCUUAUCAUCUCCAUGGGUCUGUGCUUAUCUCCAUUGAUGCUAUUGAAAAACCUCCUUUCCUUCCUUACAGGAAGCAACCAUAAUUUCUUACGCUACAUUAUGUGUUUCAGUUCAUGGCAGGUAAUCAUACAUAGGUUACAUUACAUUUACAUUUUAGUCAUUUAGUAGACGCUCUUAUCCAGAGCGACUUACAGUUAGUGA